CCUCUGUUCUCGGGAUAUCAAGACCGCGCGGAGUGACGACGAGCUACGCAGGAGGAAUGUCGGCUUCUCGAGGACCGCUCCGGCGUCUGAUCCGACUGGACUAGGAUAGAAUACGCAAGAUGGUUCCUUCCCAAAUAAGGAGCAGAUGGACCAAAUUGGGAGACUAAGACCAUGUGCUCGUAGAGCGAGGAAUGCUCAAUCGCUGGUAAUCGGUUGUCCGCUUCCUGAUGACGUCGAUCGGUGAUCGGCUUUCUCUAGGAUCGCCGAUUCUCAGCUUGAUUGUCUACUUCUCUCGGACUGGGAAGAGACCCUAUGAGAAGGACACGCCGCAGGAGAAGAACUAUCGUCUCGUCCUUGCACCGCUAGUGGGGUGUGUAUAUAACCCAACCUAACAUCCAAUCCCCUCCCUGUCACAUCAACCCCUCCUCACCCUUCCCUCGCUGUCUCUCUCAUCU